AUGGCAAGUGAACAGGACAAACUAAACAUUGAUGGAAUUAUAGGACGCUUAUUAGAAUUUCGUGGUGCAAAACCGAAUAAAAAUGUUCAUUUAAGUGAAAAUGAAGUACGUGGGUUAUGUUUGAAAUCUCGAGAAAUAUUUCUUAGUCAACCAAUAUUACUAGAAUUAGAAGCACCAUUAAAAAUAUGCGGCGAUAUUCAUGGUCAAUAUUAUGAUUUGCUUCGUCUAUUUGAAUACGGUGGUUUUCCUCCAGAGAGUAAUUAUUUAUUUUUGGGCGAUUAUGUUGAUCGUGGAAAACAAUCAUUGGAAACAAUUUGUUUGCUACUCGCUUAUAAAAUAAAAUAUCCAGAAAAUUUCUUUUUAUUACGUGGAAAUCAUGAAUGUGCAUCUAUUAAUCGAAUUUAUGGAUUUUAUGAUGAAUGUAAAAGACGGUAUAAUAUUAAAUUAUGGAAAACAUUUACAGAUUGUUUUAACUGUUUACCUGUGGCAGCUAUUAUUGAUGAAAAAAUAUUUUGCUGUCAUGGUGGUUUAAGUCCUGAUCUUCAAUCAAUGGAACAAAUUCGUCGUAUAAUGCGCCCUACAGACGUACCUGAUCAAGGUUUAUUAUGUGAUUUAUUAUGGUCAGAUCCCGAUAAAGAAGUGAAUGGUUGGGGCGAGAAUGAUCGUGGUGUUUCAUUUACAUUUGGAGCUGAAAUUGUAUCAAAAUUUUUACAUAAACAUGAUCUCGAUUUAAUCUGUAGAGCACAUCAAGUUGUGGAAGAUGGUUAUGAGUUUUUUGCCAAACGACAAUUGGUUACAUUAUUUUCUGCACCAAAUUACUGUGGUGAAUUUGAUAAUGCCGGAGCGAUGAUGAGUGUAGAUGAAACACUAAUGUGUUCAUUUCAAAUAUUAAAACCAUUAGAAAAGAAAAACAAAACUCCAUCAUUGAAUAGUAAUCGUCCUGUCACACCGCCACGUGGUUUAGUAAUGAAAGAUGCUUUAAUGAAAGAUGGAAAGAAAUCAAUGUAA